GCAUCAGACCCUUGGGUGUCACUCACCAGGAACACGCUUCUAAGCAAUACUCGUAACGGUUGAGAUCGAACUGGUCACUCAAUACAGAUCAACCCGCUCCAUCCUUCAGUGCUGCUCAUUGGUUCAUCUCUGUUCCAGCUGAUGCCAUGCAAACUCUCUUCCUGCUCCCUGUCCUGCUGUUGCUCCUGCACGCCACCGGGGGGUGCUACAAGACCUGGGAUGAUAGUGAAGAGCCAGCCGAGUUUGAUGAGGAUGACUUUGCAGAGUUUGAAGAGGCAGCUGAAGGCUCGUUGGCCGAGGCAGAGCCCAGCGGUAGGCUGGAGCUCAGGGAGGAGCCUGCCUUUGGGCUGGGGGAGGAGCCUGUUGUGGAUCUGGGGGAGGAGCCUGACCUAGAGCCAGAGGAGGAGCAGGAAGAGUUUGAGAAUGGGGAAAUACCAGAUGAAGACAGCAAAUACGACGCUGAGGAGUUUGAGGGCUUUGAAUAUCCCUCCUUCAAAGACCCCAUCAACGUUGUGACAGUGUCCUCGCUCCUGCAGACCCGCUGGGAGAAUUACCACAUAGAGAUCAUUUUGGUCAUGGGGCUGCUUGCUUACAUCAUCGCUUACCUCAUCGGCAAGAGGAGAAACAGCUGGCUGGCACAGGCCUGGUUCAGCUCACACCGGGAGCUCCUGGAGAGGAACUUCGCCCUCGUAGGUGAUGACGGCUCUGGGGCGGAGGUGGUGAGCUCUGGGAAGCUGCUCCCGGUGAGCGAGCACAUCUACAGCCUGUGGUGCUCGGGCCGGCUGUGCUGCGAGGGCAUGCUCGUCCAGCUCAGGCUGCUGAAGAGGCAUGACCUGCUCGAUGUACUGGCCAGGAUGAUGAGGCCGGCCUGCGAUCAAGUGCACGUGAAGGUCACCCUGAGCGAGGAGGACAUGGACACGUUUGUGUUUGCGCUGGGCACCAGGAAGGCCGUGGCUCGCAUGCAGAAGGAGAUGCAGGACCUGAGUGAACUUUGCGGUGAUAAGCCGAAGUCUGGGGCGAAGUACGGGCUUCCUGAGUCCCUGGCCAUCUUGUCGGAGAUGGGAGAGGUGACGGACGGAGUACUGGACAGCAAGUUUUCUCAUUACCUCGUCAAUCAUGCUGACAAGAUUGAGUCCAUCCAUUUUUCAGACCAAUUCUCUGGUUCAAAGCUUAUACAAGAGGAUGGUCAGCCCUUAAAACUCCCUGAGACCAAGAAAACACUUCUGUUUACAUUUAAUGUGCCUGGGAUGGGAAGCACAUCUCCCAAAGACAUGGACUCCUUGCUGCCGCUCAUGAACUUGGUUCUGUACAGCAUCGACAAGGUCAGGAAGUUUCGCCUCAACAAAGAGGCGAGACAGAAAGCAGAGAGGAACCGCAUGCGGGUGGAGCAGAACUUCCUGAAACAGACGCACGCGCGGCGGCAGGAAGCAGCGCAGACGCGCCGCGAGGAGAAGAGGAGGGUCCAGAAGGAGAAGAUAAUGAAGGAAGAGGACCCUGAGAGACAGCGCCGCCUGGAGGAGGCUGUGCACCGUAGAGAACAGAAGAAGUUGGAGAAGAAGCAGAUGAAACAUAUCAAAGUCAAAGCCAUUUGAGUAUGAACAGCCUGAGGAACCCGCAGCCUGGAGAGCGCUGGGCUCGGACUAGCCUACGGUACCCUGUUGCAUUCCGUAAGCUGGCUCCAGCCCCUCAUCUUACAUGAGCGUUCUUUCUGUAGCAACAGAAGCGUCCUGUCCAAUCAGCCAUUUCACCGGCGAAAUGUUUGGCUCUUCCAUUCUACUUAGCUAUCCACACAUUUUAACUUGCAACGAUACUUUUAAUGAUAUUUCCACAAACUUCAACAAUUGUGUGAACCAAAUGCGAGUGCACACACACAGGCACACGCGUACACACACACACACACUGGCAGAGUAAGCCUUGAGUGGUCUUGCUGAGUUCAACCACUGCUCUGAAGAAAAAUAUUUCGUAUUUCAUUGUGCGAAAUUGUGUAGUGGAUGUUAUUGCUAUGGGUGGGUCUGUUCAUUUUGAGGGAUUUUAUUUUUGUUUUCUUUGGGUUUCUAGUGCCUGAGCAUUAGAGGAGCUACAUACAGCUUAGUGGCUUUUCUGUAAAAAACAAAAACAAAAACAAAAACAAAAAAACAUCUGAUAAAGUAUGCUGAAGUCUACGGACUGUAUGAGCACUGUGCUUGAUGCUCAUUUUUAUUCUUUAUUUUCAUGUUUGUGUGCUGCUUGUUGUAAUUGAAAUACAUUUGCUCAUAUAUACUGCUAAGUU